AUGCCCGCCAGCACACGAUGGCAAUCCAUCCGGAGACUGGGCAUGUUGCUCUGUGUGAUGCACUUCCUCCUCACCGUCGUUUCGGCGGCGGCCUCGGCGCCUGCAUCAGCCUCGACCCCGGACUCGACCUCGGUCGUCGACUUGUUCCUGCGAUCGGUCAAGCGCCAUGAGCACCAUGACGAGGACUAUGGACCAUACGAGCAGAACUUUAUGAACGAAGAGGUACGUCUAGUCCGGUUCAGUGCCAUGGGCGUCACGAGCUCGAGCUCGAGUUCGCUCAGCCGACGCGCCCUCUGAAACUGUCACGGUGAUUGGUGUGCUGACCCAUGUCUGUUCACGUGCCACAGCCACUCGAUUCCAUGAUGAGGUGGCACAUUGGCAUUCAAGCCGUCUGCUGGGGCUUUCUCUUUCCCCUCGGUACGUUUGAACCUCCCCAGGCCGAACUAGCUGAGGGUUUGGCCAACUAUAGACCCGCUCCUCCGAGGCAUCCCCCUGACAACCUGUUGUACCUACCGCAUCCCCCAAUCGUGCAGGCAUGGUCCUCGGUUUGACCAAGUCCAAAUUUCACGCACCGCUUCAAGUCCUGACCUCGAUCGUCUCCCUCUUCGGAGGCAACUUUCUCGCGCACCACCACGGAGGCCGAGAAUUCCACACCACCGCGCACUCCAAACUGGCCCACUACCUCAAGUACUACCUCAUCCUGCAAUGUCUCCUCGGCACGUUCCUCAAAACGCACGUGUGGCAGCAAAGCAAAUUUCGUCGCGGCGUCGUCGUCUUCCACAGCGUCGUCGGCAAAUCCUUCCCCGUCGUCGGGUGGGUACAGAUGAUCUUUGGCGGCAUCGCCACGCUUGGAUUCUGCUUUGGCGAGCACACGUUACAAUGUGUUGCGCAUUUCGCCAUGGGCAGUGGUUUCAUCGGUGCGUGGUGCUUCAUUCUUCGUCAGCGUCUCGAAAUUGGGAGCUAAUGCAGAUAGACGUAUCCCGCGUCCUUGCAGGGUAUGGCAUCAUCCUGCUGAUCUUGUUCCGGCUCGGAGCACGCUGGCUCGAGCGACGCGGGUGCGCUCAAGAGAUGAUUGACUCGUGGGUUUUGCUGGUGAGUUGCAUCGACUUCUGAUCAAUUUGUUCUGGGUUAUUCCUCUGUGGUCCUGAUCCAACUUUUCCAAACUCUUCAGGUUCUUGGCAUUGUCAAUACGUUCACGGAACACAACUUUUUGGGGGGCAACGGCGGGUGGUCGCACAAAGGUGAGUAGGAGUGAACCACGAGUCAUUGUCGUCGGAUAACACGCUGAUUCUCCUCGAUUAUGUCUCGCAGACAUGAACCAUGUCAGUUUGGGCGUUCUCUGGUGGGCCGGUGGAGCGCUCGGCGGGUGGCUCAGUCGAGGUGGCCGUCGCAACAUUGUCCCCGGUCUGCUCAUCUCCAUGACCGGCUAUGCCAUGUCGGGCCACGCACAAGCCAUCGAGUUCUCGACCGCCGUUCACAAGUUCUUCGGAUUCGCUUUGAUGGCCGCUGGGUUCGCGCGCGUCAUCGAAGUCUGCUUCGUCCUUUCGGAUCAACCGACGCCCGUGCUCUCCCCCUCCGUCUCGGCUCGGGCAUUCCAACACCUGACGCCUUACCUCCUCGUUCUGAGUGGACUCACUUUCCUCUCCUCGACCGAAGAACAAAUGGCUUGGGUCGGCCGCGACAUCGGGAUGGACCACAUCACCUACGCCAAUAUCAUGUUCGCGACCGCGUUCGUCAUCUACCUCGUCGCCGUCAUCCUCGUCGAGACCUACGAACGGCUCAUGUUGGAGCUUGAGGCGCGUGAAACGGGCAUCACGGGAAGGGUCGAUGAGGAGGAAGGUGCCGGAGCAAGAGAACAUAGGCGCUGGAUCUUGGGUGGGAUCAUCCCCCUCCCCAGAGCUAGUGAAAGGUUUUGGGAAAGCUCCUCAGCUCGAGGAGGUGCAGGUUCGAACGAUCGUCAAGAACGAACGAGAGCACCUUACGAAUCGGUCCCCAUGUCCGUUUCGAACAGGAGGUCUGACGAAGAUGAGGUCGAGUUGAGGAGUGGGGGUAGUAGUGCGACGAUGACGAAUAUGGGUGAGGAUAGAUCCGUGUUCGAUAUUGGGGAGGAAGAGGAGGCCGACGCGCGCGAGUUCUGGGACGAGGCAGCUUUGAAGGAGAAGGUUGAACGGGCGACGAGGUAG